GAGUUAGGUGAUGGUUGCUGGACGAGGCAUGUCCCAGCCUAACUACAACAAGUUGGGGCUCUUCAGCGAGAUGGGGUACACAACUAUCGGGGAACCCUACACUGCCCCCAACUCUAGACCAUAUAACGACAGUGCCAGUAAAGGAAAGCAGAUGAUGACCACCUCCACAAAACAGAGAACAGCUCUAACUGAUGGUUACUUCUCUAACCAGUUCAUUAGAGUAUUCGAGAAAGAAGCUUACACCGACGCAGUAAAGAGAAGAAGGCAGGAUAGAAUACAGAGCACCAAGAAGAACAUCGUUCCAAAACCCUUCCUUCCCUCUGACAAGACCAAGUUUCCUUCAUGGGAGAGGAAGGAAAGUCAAAAGAGAAUGGUGGGCGGAGCCUUCAAACUGAACAUGCAUCCGAAGCCUCUAUUCAAAGAAAAUCCUUACAAAGCUGACAAAAGUUUGCCCGCAGCUAGAGCCCCUAAAGUCAGAGCUGGUCCACCUCCACUAGCUUUCAAACCAACUUCCCCAAGCAAACUAAUGGGAAACUGUAAAGCGGGAACGUUCAGCAAGUACCCCACCCACCCUGUAGACGGGUACGCAGUUAAAGUGAAGAAACCUCUCGGUCCCAAAUAUGGGGUUUUCAACCCACCCACUGUGCCCAAGUCGAGACCCACUGACUCCCUUCUCAGACGCAGUGUCAAUAGGAAAUUAAACAGACAGAAUUUCACUCGGGUGCAAGCCGCCUUUUAACUCCCUAAAUUGGAAAUCAAUUUCACGCUGGAAUAGCAAAUAGGAUUAGGAGAUGUAUCGAAGUUCAGUUCUCCAUUUUUGUUUUUACACACCUUUUCAACAAAAAAGCUGAACAAGAUCUAACUUUUCAAGAGAUUCGUUACAAAUUGUAAUACAAAUUGUAACUUACGAUAUGAUGUACGUGAUAAACAGCUCUGCCCAUGCCAGAAAGCUACUGUCAUCUUACAACAACAAUAACUUCUGGUCCGGUAAUAGUGCUUGAAUUUUCAAUCAGAAUAACUAAAUAGCAUGUUUUAUUAUUUAAGUUUAACUUUAGGAAAAUAUUAUACUUUAGGAAAAUAUUAACUCAUUAAGACGUUUAUGUUUUACAAUCUAUAUGAUUCUUAGUAACUAUAGUCGACUAGUUUCUUCUGGUGUCAGAGAAAUAAACUUAGUUCAAGUAGGCAUACCAGGUUUUUAUUCCUCGAACCUUUCACUUUCUUCUCGGGGCCUCUGUAGUCAUGAUUAAAAGGAAUUCACUAAUCAACAGUAUGUUCUUUCAUCACAUGAAAACUCUAUUAUUGAUUUAAUGAA